AUGGCCCAACGCUCCAAGGAAGGGCGCCUACGAGGGCUGUCUUUUUGCGGUCAGCGACCUUCAUGGGCCGUUUUCGGCGAUUCGCUGCCAUGGCAGGUCUUGCCGCCCGAAGAGGCACUGUUGGCUCGGGAGUCCAUCUUUACAGGGCCACGGCCCCAACCCAGACUGCCGGAGGCUGCAAAGCGCCUUUCGCUCACACGGACUGCCAGGAGCUCAACCUCCAGAUCGGCGCGAGACUUGCGAGAGAUAGCCAAAGCAAGCUGUCAAGAGCAAGAAGCUGGAGAUCCACAUCGACGGAAGCUACUGGCAGAAGGCUCCGGUGGAGCUGCUUGGCAGCUGCAGCGAGAGCACUUGGGCCUUUUGAUCUGGUUGGAGAGGAGAUGCGAUGCAUAUGAUGCGCUCAAGGUGCAGAUCAGUGAGGCCACAGGGCACGGGGUCAUCACCGACGCGGAGGGAUGGCCCAUCUACGAUUGCCAAGGUCAGCCGCUGCGAGACCUGUAUCAGUACUGCAUCUACCAAUUUCCAUGGCGACCUUGGCUUCGCACCCUGGCAGGUCGCAAUCCCGGCUGCAGUUUGACGGGUGCGCGGGAGCCGUACCGAAAGGGUGCAGGGGUUCCUCGGCUCAACAAGUCAGCAUAA